AUGGGCCCGAGUUCAUCCAUCAAGCGCUUCUUUCUCGUCAAAGGCUCAGAAGGCGUCAGUUCCAAGGACGCCUGGCUCGACAAUGAUGAUAUUAGACCGCUCGCGUUAAAGGACCGUACAUGGUCGCAAAAGACAUACUUCGUUUUCUGGUUUUCUGCCGUGGCAACUGUGGCCAAUUGGUACUCAGGCAGUGCCGCGCAGGCCACGGGUUUGAGCAUGUGGGACGUCAUCGGCUGCAAUAUUGUAGGCUGGUUUCUUGUGUCGUCUAUUUUUGUCCUUAACGGACGACCCGGCGCGGUCUAUCACGUCGGCUUCCCAAUCCUCAAUCGCGCAGCCUUCGGCGUCUUUGGUGCGUGGUGGCCAACUUUCAAUCGAGCCGUCAUGGCAACCGUUUGGAAUGGUGUGAAUGGCGUACAGGGCGGACAAUGUGUCUAUGUCAUGCUCCAUUCGAUCUUCCCAGGCAUCGCCCGAAUACCGAAUGGGAUGGGCGAAGGAUCAGCUCUGACUUCAGCCUCCAUGAUAGGCUAUAUUAUCUUCUGGCUGGUAACUGGCUGCGUCUUGCUCAUUCGGAUUCCAAAGAUGCGGAUUCUGAUUUAUAUCAAGUUGGCGGUCUAUUUAGUCUCAGCCGUUUCGAUGCUUUCUUGGACCCUGACACUUGCCGGAGGAGCUGGACCGGUACUGUCACAGGGAUCUAGAGUCCAUGGCAGCGAGAAAGGCUGGCUCAUGGCGAAGUUCCUUUUCCUGGCCAUGGCGAAUUGUGCCACCUUCGCCAGUAAUGCUGCCGACUUUCAACGGUAUGCAACGAAACCGAAUGAUGUGAUCUUAGGUAACCUCAUUGGGUUCCCUCUGGCAGAUUUCUGCGUAGGCCUUGUGGGAAACAUUGUCGCCUCCAGCUCAAUAUUGAUCUUUGGCGAACUUGAGUGGAACCCGCUCAAUCUCCUCGACAGGAUUCAGACGGAGAACUACACCUCCAAGAACCGCGCUGGAUGUUUCUUCAUCGCCUUUAUGUUCGCAUAUUCUGCACUCUUCUCCUCUGUGUUUGAGAACAGCAUUCCUGCGGGAAAUGACAUUGCGGCACUUUUUCCCAAAUACAUCAGCAUCCGUACCGGCAUGUUCAUCUGCCAAAUCGUGUCUUUGGCGAUCAAUCCCUGGUAUCUCCUCGGAUCUGCGUCCGUCUUUGUUCAAUUCCUGGCAUCUUACCAGGUGUUCCUAUCAGCAAUUACUGGAGUCUUACUUUGCAAUUACUACAUCAUCUCUCGAGGUUACUUCCAGGUCCCAGACCUCUAUACGGCCAGCAAGUCAGGUGUCUAUUAUUUCACACAUGGCUGGAAUAUCAGGGCCUAUAUUGCGUAUGUCAUAGCCAUCAUACCCAACUUUCCUGGCUUCUUGGGGAACAUGGGAGUGUCGAUGCCCAUCGAGAUUACUCGCUUCUAUAUCGUCGCAUAUCCUGUUGGUAUCAUCGUUUCCUUCGGCAUCUUCUGGCUUUGCAACAUCAUCAGUAAGCCCGCUUUGAAGAUGCCUCUCAAUGAAUGGCACGAACCUAAGAACUACAUUCGCCCUGAGGAGGACUCUGAGAGUGGUGUUGUCGUGGAGGGAAUAGAAGUGGAUCAAAGUUCUUCACGUCGGAGUGACCCGAUUGUUGCCGGACCAGAGGACGAGAAGCAGAUCGUCAAAGAGACCACUUCAUCCAGGGCGAAGUAG